AUGAGAGGCAUGUCACCACCACCCCUCCCUCCAAAGUCGAGCGGCCUGCCCUCGGUCGGCAGGGGCCAUCUGCGCAAACGCUCGCUGCAAGCAUCCAACACGGCCGCCGAGGUCGAGAGUCUGAUGGCUGGCCACGGCGCGAACGACAUCAAUCUCCGCAGUCCUCGGUCCGCCGAUGACACCGUUGUCGAGUUCGGCGAGGACGACCAAGACAUCUACCUCCAUCAUGUGUCGGACAAGUACAAGCACGGUGACAAGGGUUUUGGCGACGAGGACGACUCGGCGGCCAAAAAUCCGAGGAAUCCGGGGCAUCUCAUGUGGCAGGACAAGCAACUCAACAAGCGGCGUAAGAAUGGGGCAAGGUGUCUGGGCACAUUCUUGUUGAUCAUCAGCGCCUUUUUUGGAUGGAUCAUCGGCAUCGUGGCGCCGCCCCGAUCACUCAAGCAUGCUCAGCUGAGCAGCGGCCGCGGGAAUGCUUUGAACGAUGUCUUUGACCUCGUCUCGGGCCAGGAGCACUCUUAUUCGGCGCCGUGAGUCGCUCAUAUGCCUCGGACUGCCAUUACGGACUCUCGCUGAUUCAUCAUCCUUUUUUGGGGGGGUUGUCUUUUCUCUAGCCCGAGUUGUAACCCCUACGACGAAUACGGCAUCCUGAACAUUAGCACGAACAUAGCAGCCGAGAACGUCUGGCAGCCGAUCGCACCGCGCGAAUCGUGCCAGCCCAUUGACUACAUGCUUCUGUUCAAGGAGGCCAUUGAAAGUGGCGAGACCUCGGAUGCUGUCUCGGAGGAGUUAGCUUUUGCGGUCAAUCGAACAGUGGUUAUCUAUGGCGAUUCAGUCGAUCGAGAGUGAGUCCGAUUGGCAACAGGCUGUAGUCUAGCGCUUUCUCGGAGUAUAUGAGGGGCUAAAGGCAGAUCCGUCCCGCACGCGCAGUCACAAUGUUCACUUUUGCUCGCUCGUCGGAGGCUACCUCGAAAUGAUCGGUGUCAACCACACACUGUCUCCUCCGUAUCCCCCUGGUGAUGAGAUCCCCCCCGAAGGCUGUACGUUACCUGAGCAACGUGUGUUUGGUGAUCCCUACAUUCUGACCGAGGCACUUGACAUUUUACGCAGAUAAAAAUUUUGCGACAGGUGCCCGUGAAUGGCCUGAAUUCGACCAGUCUCGACCGUACAUCUGCCACGUCGGUCACCUUGGCCUGCGCAUCCUCAGCGUCUUCCACUAUGGCUUCCGCGGCCGAACCAAGAUGAUCGAAAGCCACCCCCAUUUCUACCCACCUGCCACAAUCGAGGAGCGCUUCGACCAGAUUGUCGUUCCUCUCGUCCACAACUUGGCUGCGAAGCACAACGUUUCGGCGACGCCGGACCUCGUCUCCUUCACACCAGGGUACUGGGGUCUGUUGCGUCAGGCCGUUUCGGACGACAAGAUGUUGCUCGAGGCGAUCAAGAACGGCACGGCCGCCGAAGAAGCGCAAGCAAAGUACGACGUGUGGCGAACGAUGAGUCCUGAUCAACGCGAGUGGAACCGAGAGCGGAUGAACGCUGUCCUUCGUCACAUUGGUCGAGGGUGGCUUGAUACGGCCAAGAAAGCUUCGGACGGCGCUGCUCUCACGCCGAGGAUUCUGUGGCGAGCCCUCCACCACAUCAAGGAGCAACACAAUCUACCGUACAACCGUGUGCAAGCCGUCGACCAGAUAGGGCGAAGCGUCGUCCAACAGCUCAUCGCCGAGGGUCGAGCCGCCGUGGCGGGAGCGCAAAUCUGGACGAGUUGGAUCGCGAUGCUGAAAAACUCAAUCAGCGGCACGAAGCCGGACAUCAUUGCUAGCGAAGAGAUCAAGCUCGGUUCGGAGGAGGAACAGAAAGAGGCACUCAAGAUGGGCUACGCCCAUCGGCUCAAGAUUGAUGAGUGGGGGGCGUUGAUGAUCGGGCAAGAACGCUACUUCCGCGACAACGUCCACCCGCUGCCGCUGCCUGGAUCGUACCUCUAUGGCAACAUGUUGAUGCAACAGCUGAAAAUGCUGGUCGAAGAAGAGGACUUGCUGGUGCCGAUCCAGAAGCAAGUUGUCGCGCCGAUCAGAGGGCCUUGA